AAUGUUUUGUUAUUGGUAUUCAUUCAACAUAAUGUUGCUAUCAUAACAGAUUGAGACUCUUGACAUCGACUCUGCUGAUCUUGGUGAACGUCCCUUUGCAUCACGUGAUCUCGCUCAGUUCAUCUGUAAGAUGACUCAUCUGAAGGACCUGACACUCCACGGUCAGUAUCACGAUGACUUCUACUCAACAUCGUCAUCGAUGGCAUCAUCUGCAAAGAUUGAGACUCUUUACAUCUACUCUGCUGAUCUCAGUGAACGUCCCUCUGCAUCACGUGAUCUCGCUCAGUUCAUCUGUAAGAUGACUCAUCUGAAGGACCUGACACUCCGCGGUCAGUGUCACGAUGACUUCUAUUCAACAUCGUCAUCGAUGGCAUCAUCUGCAAAGAUUGAGACUCUUUACAUCUACUCUGCUGAUCUCAGUGAACGUCCCUCUGCAUCACGUGAUCUCGCUCAGUUCAUCUGUAAGAUGACUCAUCUGAAGGACCUGACACUCCGCGGUCAGUGUCACGAUGACUUCUAUUCAACAUCGUCAUCGAUGGCAUCAUCUGCAAAGAUUGAGACUCUUGACAUCGACUCUGCUGAUCUUGGUGAACGUCCCUUUGCAUCACGUGAUCUCGCUCAGUUCAUCUGUAAGAUGACUCAUCUGAAGGACCUGACACUCGACGGUCAGUAUCACGAUGACUUCUAUUCAACAUCGUCAUCGAUGGCAUCAUCUGCAAAGAGGGAGACUCUUGACAUCGACUCUGCUGAUCUCGGUGAACGUCCCUUUGCAUCACGUGAUCUCGCUCAGUUCAUCUGUAAGAUGACCCAUCUGAAGAAGCUGACACUCGACGGUCAGUAUCACGAUGACUUCUACUCAACAUCAUCAUCGAUGGCAUCAUCUGCAAAGAUUGGGACUCUUUACAUCGACUCUGAUGAUCUCGGUGAACGUCCCUCUGCAUCACGUGAUCUCGCUCAGUUCAUCUGUAAGAUGACUCAUCUGAAGGACCUGAGACUCCGCGGUCAGUAUCACGAUGACUUCUACUCAACAUCGUCAUCGAUGGCAUCAUCUGCAAAGAUUGAGACUCUUGACAUCUACUCUGAUCUCAGUGAACGUCCCUCUGCAUCACGUGAUCUCGCUCAGUUCAUCUUUAAGAUAUCUCAUCUGAAGGGCCUGACACUCCGCGGUCAGUAUCACGAUGACUUCUACUCAACAUCGUCAUCGAUUGCAUCAUCCGCGAAGAUUGAGACUCUUGACAUCUACUCUACUGAUCUCAAUGGACGUCCCUCUGCAUCACGUGAUCUCGCUCAGUUCAUCUGUAAGAUGACUCAUCUGAAGGACCUAACACUCCGCGGUUGGUAUCACGAUGACUUCUACUCAACAUCGUCAUCGAUGGCAUCAUCUGCAAAGGUAUUGAUUUGAUCAUAUUUUUGGGGACUCUUAGCCAGGCGCGGAUCCAGG